AUCAAAUGUCUUAUUACUCUGGAUUCCAAAAUAGAUAAUAACUUUAGCAAUACGAACAGCUAUUAUAAUUACUUCUAGUUACCUUAACUAAGAGAUUAACCAAAUUUUAUUAAAAUGAAGAAUGUGAUGAAUUAGCAUUUCGCAAUAUUUUUCACAGAAUCUUAUCUGGGAUGAAAUCUUCAGAAUAAUAGUAAAUUUUAUUGACUAAAUAAAUUAGAAAGUUUAUGCCACCACGGUUUAGUGAAACUGUUAAAAUUUUAUUUGACAUUUUGAAAUUAGAAGAAUAGCAAGAAGUAUCAAAAUAUCUAUAUAGAGUGAAAGAUUAUACAUGAAUCAGUAAUUUGAUUAAAUCUCUCGAUAAGCCAAUAUUAUAAUGAACUAAGAGAAAAAGCCAAUAUAACAUUUAUAAUACAAGAUUCAAGAAGAUUAUCAAGAGAUUCCACCUCAUCCAUUAAUGCAAGCUGAACAAAGAUAAGAUUCGACUAAAUUAGAUAUGACUUUUGAGAAAGUAGAUAAAUAGGAAAAAUUCGUUAAACUAGAAUAAAUAGAUAAAAAUAAGAAAUUUGAUUGUGGAAUAACUGAAACAACUACUCCUCGCAAAUUUAGAGAAUCAUUACAGCAAUAAUAAUAAUUUCAUUAAUAAUAAUAAUUUAAUUUGAUACCAAAAGAAUUCAUGAAUCAAAUUGAAGAAUGUGUAACUAGAAAUGUGCUUGAUAAAUUGAAUGUUCCAAAAAAAUCAAAGAAAAAAAAAUAAAGAUCUUCAUCAAAUUCCUUUUAGUUUAGAUAAAUUCUUUUAACUACCAAUGAUAAAUAAAAUUAAUCAUUUUAAUCAACUAAAAGAAAAUUUAACAACUUGAUAUGA